AUGAAUCUUCAACCCACCAUUCUUGAAUCUGAUCUUGCUCUUCUCGAAUCCAUUCGUAGCUACCUCCUCGACGACGACUCCAGUGCACUCCUGGCGGUUCCCACCGCCUCUCACGGCGUUGCUCCGGCCACCAACCAGGGUUCCCCCACCGGGAGUGGGAGUGAAUCAACGUCUACCCUUUACGAUUAUGCGGUCAACUCUCCGUUGGUUUCUUCGGAACAAACGACAUCAGCUGUUGUGGAGCAUCGGGGUGCUUCGAAUGCGGCGGCGCGUGAGAGACACGCGCCUCCGUGUAUGAGGGGAGUGAGGCGUAGACCGUGGGGAAAGUUUGCUGCGGAGAUUAGAGAUCCUAAGAAGAACGGCGCGAGAGUGUGGCUCGGGACUUAUGAGUCGGCUGAGAACGCGGCUUUGGCUUAUGACCGAGCCGCUUUCAAAAUGCACGGAUCAAAAGCCAAGCUAAAUUUUCCACAUUUGAUUGGCUCUGAUGUUGUUCAGCCGAUGCAAGUGGCAGCUAAGCGGUGUUCGCCGGAGCCGUGUUCAUUGGGAGUGGCUUUAGAGCCGAAAAUGAAGAUGAGCCGAGUUAGCAUUAUUGACACUUCAGAAAUGUAG